UAUGUUCUUUCGCAGAGACAUAGUCUAACAUUGUACACUGCAAACCAGGACGAUGGGCAGCCAAGCAUUACUUGCUGGUUUACUGAUUACGGCUGACAUUUUGAUAUUUUCAAUCAAAGCAGAUCAGCAUAAAUAUGACCAAGAUGGACAUACACAUUCUACGAGUGAAGAUCAUAAGCUAUUUUUAGGUGAGAAAAUGAAGAAGGAAUUUGAUUCUCUGUCGUUGGAAGAAUCCAGACGACGAUUGAGGCUCCUUGUUCCUCAUAUUGACUUGGACAAAGAUGGUUUCAUCACUUUCCCUGAACUAGAGACAUGGAUAACACAUAAAUUGAAGCGAUGGAACAUCAAGGAAGAUGUAGAAGCGUUAUACAGAGAUUGUGACAGGAAUCGAGAUGGCAAAGUGGCAUGGGAUGAAUUCUCAUUAACCCACUAUGGUUUCCUGGAAUCAGACACACAUGGCUUGGCAGAAGCAGGAAAAGAAAAUUUCAAGGACCUCAUCAAGAGAGACAAAAGAAGAUGGCUGGUUGCUGAUAACAAUAAUGAUACAAUGCUAAAUGAAACAGAAUUUGAGUUUUUUAGGCAUCCUUGGGAACACGAGGUCAUGAUGCGAAUUGUAGCAAUGGAAGAGCUUGAGGAAGCUGAUACAAACAAGGAUGGUUUUCUCUCCAUGAAUGAAUAUAUAGCGUCUAUACACCUCCCUGAAAUGAGGCAUUUCUAUGAAAAAGAAUUCCAUGAAAAACAUGACAUAAACCGUGAUGGAAAACUUGACCUUGAUGAAGUUGAAGAAUGGAAGCGUCCUGAAGAUUUUAACAAAGCAUCUUUAGAGGCAAGACAUUUAAUUGCAAUGGCAGACGAGAACCAGGAUGGAAAACUCGAUACAGACGAAAUUAUCAUGCACCACAUGAUUUUCGUUAGCAGCAGUACGACGCAGCAUGGAUUGCUUUUACAUGAAGAAUUUUGAUGCUUCUACGCAUCAAUCUAUAAAGACUUUGAAGUAUUUAAAACAUUAUAAUAACGUGAACAAGAAUCAUCAUCUUUACUUAAAUUCUAUUCUACGGUAGACAAGAAACCGUUUUUUUCAAAACCUUUGUAUAUAUACAGUAUAAUUUCGGCAAUCUGGACUCCUAAUAACUCAACGUCCUGGUAACUAGAAACUUCUUUGUGAAUUCUUCUUUAACCUUCACCAAUACGUCAAAAUUCCUGAUAGCUCGAACACCUGUUACUCUGGCUACAAUCAUCAUUCUCUUUGAGGUUCGAGUUAUCAGGAUCGAGUUCGAUUGCUUUUUGAUUUUAUUGUACUACUUUAUCUUAAAGCAAUUGAAAUACGUCAUGAUUGAAAUAAAGAUAAACCAAUCUUGUCUAUAAUAACUCAUUUUCAUUUCUGCAUACUUUAUGUUUCAUCGUUGAUAAGAAAGAGUUCUAUUAAGAAAAGAUGUCUAGAGGGCUUCUACCGUCUCAAGUGUACAGAAAGCCAGAAAGCUAAAGUCUUAAUUCCUUGAAAUGAUAGCUUAAUUCCAUUUGGAGCCACUGAGGGGUCUUAGUUUGCGAUGGACAAAGUUGGAAUGGUUUCUAUGCAUAUCACCGUCAUAGAAAAAUGACAACAUCCAAGUAGAAACUAACAGAAGGUGUAGGAGGUCCAGACGAAGAAAUUCCAAACAACUUUGGCUAAGUACUAUGUAAAGCAAUACAUUAAUUUCCAAUGCCUUUUCGUCAAUUAAUCAAUCAAUUUGUAGAACAAUUUUAUGCUAAUAAUAAAGCAUACAAUAUUCUACGAGAGCAAGUUGAAGCAUAGCUCAACGAGACUUUUUAGGCCUUUUUUGUAUUUUUCUCUUUACAAAUGGUGACUUUUCCACUUAGUAGAAGCUUUGCAUGAAAACAUUCUCAACGGCUUUCGUGGCCUCCUUGUGAAUCCUUGCAAAACAGUUGAAUGUGGAAAGACGCUAAAAUAUUCAAAUUUAAAUGUUUUUUAUCUGCUUAAUAUGUGCAUUGAUGUUCAACAGAAUGCUCAUAAUUAAAACGAUGAAACCUCUUUUCAACUUAUAUUUAACAAAUGUACUACAGUAGAAUAGUGUACUACAUUAGAAGAGUGUAUAUGAAGCAUGUUUGUUUUUCACUGGGUUAUUUGGAACUAAAAACAAACAUAUAGAGAUGAGUCAAUGAAAUUGAGAAAGGAAACGCAGGAAGAGACGAGUUUUGAGGAGAUUUACAUCUUACAUGUGCAAAGCAUGUUGCAACACUUAAUAAUUACAUACCCAUUUCAGGUCUACUUCACAUUGACAGAAGGAAAAUAUACAAAGCGAAUAUUCAAAUUCUAAGUGAAUAUUACACUGUUCAAUGUUUAUUGGGUGCAGAUAUCUAAUACAAAGAAA